AUGGAUCUUAUUAUGCGUAAAUCUAUUGACAAAUUGAUGGACAAUGCUGAUCCUCUUCCCCGCGUUUAUCGCGAUUGGACAUGCUCCUUGAUGUAUUCGAUUACGAGCAAUUCAGAAGAAGAUACCGCUUUAUACGGGCGGGAUUCUUUCCAGUCGUUACAGAAAUGGAAGCUGGUCUCUCUAGAGAUACCUCAAGGCACGCCCGCUGACGACCGCGCCACAGCUGGCAAUUACUAUAAGGGUGCUUGCGAGCAGGUCGCUUCAAAUAUACGCUGGGGUCCUUUGAUGUAUCCAGUCGAAUAUAUCUCGUAUAGUUGUUAG